GUCAAACACCAGUCAAGCAACUAAAAAGCUCCGCAUCCAGCGUGCCUUUCACCCGGGAUCUGACAGCAAAGCUCAAUGCAAAUGUGCUUAUAAGGUUAUUUCUCCCUCGCUCUCUGGCAGUUGGAUUUUUAUAUUUAAAAUGGGACUAUUUGAUGCUCUUAGAGAUUUUAGUUUAUUAACAUGGCUAAGAGAAGAAAGACAGUCUCGGAGGCUGAUUCUGUUGAUCGUUUUCAUUGCUUUGCUCUUGGACAACAUGCUGUUGACGGUGGUCGUGCCUAUUAUCCCAAGUUACCUGUACACGGUGGACGACGAGGCUGCUCAGAUGGUUAAGAAUCACUCCAUGACCCCUCUUUCUCCAUCGAGCACCUUUCAGAGCAUUGUGUCUUUGUAUGACAACACCACACGUGUGACAGGCUUCAGCCCGCAGAUGAGCACAGCUGGUCCAAUGAGCCUGGCUCCUACUUUUGUGAGCCCUCAAAACCAGUCCGACUGUCCCAAAGCAGAUGACCAGCUUCUGAACGAGAAUGUGAAAGUGGGUCUGUUGUUUGCCUCUAAAGCAACAGUACAGCUAAUCACUAACCCCUUCAUAGGACCACUAACCAACAGAAUAGGAUACCAGAUCCCAAUGUUUGCUGGUUUCUGCAUCAUGUUUGUUUCUACGAUCAUGUUUGCCUUUUCAUCAAGCUACACGCUGCUGUUUUUGGCCAGAUCUCUGCAAGGUGUUGGCUCGUCCUGUUCUUCUGUGGCAGGUAUGGGGAUGCUGGCAAGUGUUUACACAGAUGACGAGGAACGAGGAAACGCUAUUGGGAUUGCACUGGGAGGACUAGCAAUGGGAGUUUUAGUUGGUCCUCCAUUUGGCAGUGUCAUGUAUGAGUUUGUUGGUAAAACAGCUCCUUUUCUUAUCCUGGCAGUGCUGGCAGUGCUUGAUGGAGCUCUGCAGCUUUUUGUGCUUCAGCCUUCAAAAGUGGAACCAGAG